GAACGCGCACGUAGCUGUCAGUAGGAAAUACUGUUCGUGUUGGAUGGUUGCACCCCUGCGCCUCUACUAGGAUAUAUUAAUGACACCUUUGUUUUUUCCGAUUCAGGAUGUAAACGCCUUAUUUGAAUUUUGGCAUCAAUUUCGUAGCAAUUCGGAAAGCCAUUCUGAUGCAUUUAGCUAGCCAGGCUAAGUGAAACGGGAUACCAAUAGCAUUAAUGCUAAUAGCUAAAUAAGGCUAAAAUAAGCUAAGUUAGCAGGACGGUUGCUGUCUUCUAACUGUUCGCUUCGUCUAGCAGCUCCUAUCCUGGUUUGUCCUUAUCGCGUUGUCUGUACACAGAGCAGUUGUGCAGAACCGGAGCUGUGGCGGGGAAAGGUGGCUACAGGAACCCCCUGGCUAUCCAGGCGGACGGACCGCAGUGACACGCCGGUUGUUGAGAAAUUAGAUUGGAACGAUGGCCGAGCUUUCCACCUUGUCUCCUUCCCCACCACCACUUGGGGAACCAGCUGCGGCUCCAUCUGUCGCUCCACCAGUGUUACCUGCUUCUAGCAGCCCCGGGUCUGCUGUGGAGGUGCCUGUACCUAAGUCUUCCCUCUACAACAACAAAGCUUUGACCGGAAACAUUUCUUCAGUACUUUCAUUAAGUUCAUCCUUGAUUGCUCAGCCUCCUAAAAGUUCCACUAAACCCACUGUAGACGCCACUGUACCAUUAUUGACACCAGAAGCUGCUCCUAAAACAGAGGAGCCUGUAGGAAAUAAACAAGAGCCUGCCACCAGUGACCAAACUGCUCCAGAUCUCUCGAAUACUGAUGUUAAAGAACUGGCAGCUCAGACAAAAGCUCUAGAUGAAUCAUUAUCUCCCGACUUAAAUCCUGGUCCUAAUCUCUCCCCAAAUGUCCAUGUUUCCUCUAACUCAAUCCCCGUCGACAUUGCUGCGCCUCAAACAAGUUCGGAUAUCAUCCCAACACCUGCUCUUCCAACAGCAAGAGUAGAGGAGAAACCUCAGCCACCACCACAAUCACAAAAACCUCAAAAUGAGUCACCUUUUCUGUCCCCAAAGCAUGUUCCUUUGAGCGAUACUACACCGACCAGAGCAGCACCACAUAGCCCAACUCUUCCUGUGAUCCAAGAGCCAGCUGCCCCACUACCAAACCCCAAAAUGGCCCCUGACAACCUAAGCUAUCUGGACUCAGCCAGCCUGAUGUCUGGGACACUGGAGUCCCUGUCUGGAUUGGGAGAGGACGGGAGCUCUCUGGGCUCAGACUCUGAGAUCAAUGGCCUAACCAUGAGACGCACUGAUAAAUAUGGAUUCCUGGGUGGGACUCAGUACAGCGAAGGAGCCGAUAAGAAAAUUCAAGUCGAAGUUGCAAGGCAAAGGGAGAUGAAAUGGUUGGAUAUGUUUUGCCACUGGGACAAAUGGGUCAAACAUCGCUUUCAGAAGGUGAAGCUGCGCUGCAGGAAGGGAAUUCCAUCUUCACUCCGGUCCAAAGCCUGGCAGUUACUGUCUGACAGCCAGAAGCUGCUCGAAGAAAACCCUGGGAAAUUUGAGGAGCUGGAGAGAGAACCAGGUGAGGCUAAAUGGCUGGAUAUCAUAGAGAAAGAUCUUCAUCGGCAGUUCCCUUUCCACGAGAUGUUUGCUGCACGUGGAGGACAUGGACAACAAGAUUUGUACCGAAUCCUGAAGGCCUACACUGUCUAUCGGCCUGAUGAGGGUUACUGUCAGGCCCAGGCUCCAGUGGCUGCAGUGCUUCUCAUGCACAUGCCUGCAGAGCAAGCCUUUUGGUGCCUCGUCCAGAUUUGCGAAAAGUAUCUUCCUGGCUAUUACAGCGCCGGGCUGGAAGCGAUUCAGCUGGAUGGCGAGAUCUUUUUCUCUCUUCUCCGACGUACAUGUCCUAUGGCAUACCGCCAUCUUAAGAAGUUCAAGAUUGAUCCAAUCCUGUACAUGACGGAGUGGUUCAUGUGCAUAUUCUCACGCACCUUACCGUGGUCCUCUGUUCUGCGUGUCUGGGACAUGUUUUUCUGUGAAGGAGUGAAGAUAGUAUUUCGUGUGGGCUUGGUGCUGCUGAAGCAGAUGCUGGGCUCUGUAGAUAAGCUCCGGGAACUGCAGGGCAUGUACGAGACCAUGGAGCGCCUCAGAAACAUCUCACCCGAUACUAUCCUAGAGGACAUACUUGUACAGGAGAUCAUAACGCUCCCAGUGACGGACGCGCUCAUUGAGAAGGAAUGCAACAUUCAGGUGAGGAAAUGGAGGGAGUCUAGAGGGGAGCUGACCCACCAGCCAGGCCGCCGGCUCCACGGAACAAGAGACAUCUAUGAGUACAAGCGACGGGCUUCUGCCAUCAGCUCAGGAGGGAGCUUUUCUUUCCUCGGAAGCCCAGCGCCACCCCCUGGACCCCUGCGAGCCUCUUCCAGCCUCCUCUCCCUCCCUGGCUUCCGUAAAUCUCGGGCUCCUUUCCACUCCCAGCCUAAAAAAAGCUCCUUCUCCGGGCCUGCAGGGUUGGAAGGUUUUCCUCCCUACUCUCCUCCGGCUCUUGUCUCAAGCCAAAAACCACCUAUUCCUCCAGGAGCAGGUCAGAAGGCGUCAGCACCACAUGUUCAAAGCCCAUUAGUUGGUGGCUCAGUUGGAUCAUCCCACGGGCCAGCUCCAGCUUCAGAGAGCACCUCCGCACAAAGCCAAGCGGCGCCUCCGGCACCCGCACAAAGCACACCUCCGCCUAACACACUGUCCCCCUCCCCUAAGAUCGUCUCGGAGCAGAUCACUCCCACCAUCCCUUCUCCUACUGCUAACAACGCCCCUUUGCAACCAGAGCCCUCAAAAGAAGCAGCAUCAUCAGCGUCUGGAGAGGAAGAAGGGAAGAAAAAGAAGAAAAGCAAAGAAGAUAAAAAGAAGGAAAAGGAAGAUGAGAAGAAAAAGCUCAAAGAAAAGAAGGAGAAGGAAAAGCUUGAGAGGGAAAGGGCCAAGAAAGAAAAGGAGAGGCUAGAAAAGGAGAAAAGGAAAGGGGGCAAGAAGAAGGACAAAGGGGUUGCAGAGGCAGAAGAGAAGAACGGAGCUACAGCAGCGAGAGAAUCAACCUAGUUUCUUCACCCAGUCAUUUCAUGAUAAUGAAAAGGGAAGAUGGGAGAAAAAACAGGUCAAAAGAACAAAAGAGCUUCUGAAACGGUGAUCAAUUUCAAAUCUGGGAUGAUUUCCUGUAUGUUGCAUCAUUUUGGAGACUUUAUAUGUAUCAAGGACUAUGAUGGAGACGACUGGAUUGUUGUUUUAAAAGCACCUUGAGGUGUAUUUAACUCUCUAAAUGCUUUUUGUUUCCCUCACUUUGAGUUUUAUUGACGUUGGAUGCAUUUUUAUAACUGGAGCACAGACUUUCAAUUGUUUUUUUGUUUUUUUCGCUGAAAAGCGUACAUUCAUUACUUUCUUUUUAUUCUUUCUCAAGACUGAUGGCAGAAUUUAAAGAAACAUGAGGGAUGGGGUAGAAGCUGUAACAUAGUACUUGAUAUUAAUUUAAAUUAAAACUUAGCCGCAGCUCACAGGGUUAACACUCCAUGUUUUCUCUCAAGUCUUACCUGUGGAAAGGUUUAACUGGAUCCAUGGGGAAAAUAAAGCAGCCAUCUCAAAUCGGGGCACUGAAGACAAACAAAAAAGGCUUUUUAUGAUGUUGAGGAUAUAUUUAUUGUCUUAGUAAAUGUGUAUGAGAGUGUGUGUGUGUGUGUGUGCGCCUUAGUAGAGUAGUGAAAUGUGUCAAUGUUCAGUGUGCGGUCCACUGCAGCCUGCUUUCUCUGUGUAAUUUCAAACUAAUGUCGAAUCAUUGCUGCAGUUCUUCCCAAAACAUUAAUUUAUUCUUUAGUACAGAUCUGAUGGCUGAUGAAUACAGUGCCGCUCAGAACCCUUCGUUUCAGCCAUUAAUUGUUUCUGAGGGAAAAUAUGUAUACAACAAGCAACUGCCAGGUAGUAAAAGAAAAAGAAUACUUUGCAAAAAAGCUCAUGUGAUUUGGAUUUAAGAUUAACACACAGGCUCAGAUAUAAAUACUCCACUAAUAUGUUUUCAUGUUAUAUUUGCAUGUUGCAGAGAACUUUUUUUUUUUUUUGCGACUCCUCUUAUAGUUGUGCCUGGAUUUUUGACCAGUUGAGGUAAUAGUUAGCUUGUAGGAAUGGGCCCUUUUUUUAUUUAAAGCAUAGUCCAGUUA